AUGGAGGGGCUAACUGGAGAAGACGUAUGCAACUGGUGUCUGAGGAAGGGAGUAAAUCCCAGAAAGUGUAUUGGAGUAGGAGGAGAUUUAUCGGAUGCUUCGGAUGAAACAGUGUUAAGAAAAGUGGAUACCCUGUAUGGUGUAAUAAGGCCCAAUAUUAUAGACAAGUGGGAUGACGAAGUAGGAAAGAAGAUUGCUGUCCUGGUGGAAACGGAAAAAGAAUUGGACGUGAAUUUGAUUCCAUUAAUGAUAGUGGCCGAUGAAGAAAUAGGACGAAGGUGGUCCAUUAUUGGUCCCAGUAUCCGGGAAGAAGAUACCACUAGUGCUCCCAUCUCGGCAAUGAUCCCACCUGAGGGUGUAGAUGGAGGGGAAGCUAGUGGCAAUGGACACACUACUACCAAUGUGAAUGGCGGACAGUUCGAGACCAUGGUGGAUCGGGUGGUUUCCCAACUUGAGAGAUGGCAUUACGAAGGGAGUUAUCGAAGGUUAAGGAUAUUCUCUGGUAUCAUACCCGUGCCUACCGGGGAAGAACCAUAUGAAUCUUGGAAGGAGGCCGCUGUUCAACAAGCGGAGGAAUGGCAGUGUCCGGAUAAAAUAAAGCGACAACGAGUAGUGGAGAGUCUACGUGGCCCGGCUAUGGGGAUAAUACAAGCUGCUAGGAGAAGUAAUCCGAAUGCUACAUUGGAGACAUACCUCGAAGCCUUGGAUUAUGCGUACGGCACUUUGGAAGAUGUAGGGGACCUGCUAUCAAGACUGCAUCAUACGUUCCAAGACCCGGGCGAGAAACUGAGCGCCUAUGUAAUAAGAAUAGAUAAGUUAUUGUAUAAGAUUGUAGAAAAAAAAGGAAUCACUCGAGAAGAAGUGGAUAAAAGUCGCAUGAGACAAGUAUUACGAGGCGCGCUAACAAAUGAUCCUGUAGCGCAGAAGUUGAGGUGUUCCGAGAAAAAAGAACCACCUCCUGGAUUCAAUGAGAUACUAAAAGAAAUAAAACAAGAAGAAGUGCUGAUUGAGAUGAGGGAAAAGACGGUAAAAAAGGUUAAGGUGGUACAAACUGUGACUGAGACUUCCCCGUUGGAGGAAAGAAUAUUAAAGUUAAUGGAAGAACAGAACAAGAGGAUAGAGCAAUUUAUUGCUACUCAACACAACAACAACCCACUCCAGAAUCCUCCCUCAAGUGAGUCAACCCGGGGCGGGGGAAGAAGGGGCAGUUUUAAUAGCAGGGGUUGUUUUAAGUGCGGAAGGAUUGGCCAUCGAGCCUUCGAGUGUAACCUGAAUCGGAACUCAACACGUAUGUAUAGUACUCCCUCUCAUAAUACCGACAGCGAAGACCAAGAUCGGGGAAACGGACAAGGGAGGCCCGUGAACCCCCCACAGGUCUCCUAG